GAAAUUGAGGUUAGAAAACACAGUUUAUGAACACCACGUGUUAUUGUAAGCAUUGUAAGUGAUUGUUGUCUCCCGAUUGUUUUAUGAUUGUUUUAAUAAAAAGAAAAAUAUAAAUAAGUGUUCAUUUUUGUUUUAUGAAAGAUGCCACGAAAGAAAAUUGAUAAUCGUAUUCGUACACUUAUUGAAAAUGGAGUGGAAACGGGUCAUCGGACAAUGUUCCUCGUGGUCGGGGAAAAAGCAAAGGAUCAAGUUGUUUAUCUUCAUCAUAUGUUAUCAAAAACAGUUGUAAAAGCUCGUCCCACAGUAUUAUGGUGUUAUAAAAAAGAACUUGGAUUUACAUCGCAUCGUAAGAAAAAAAUGAAAUCACUACAGAAAAAAGUCAAGUCAGGCAAACUUGAUGUCAAUGAGGACGAUCCUUUUGAAUUGUUUAUAGUAUCAACAAAAAUACGCUAUUGUUAUUACAAGGAGACACAUAAAAUUUUAGGAAAUACCUUCGGUAUGUGUGUUCUUCAAGAUUUUGAGGCUUUAACACCAAAUUUAUUGGCAAGAACAAUGGAAACUGUUGAAGGUGGUGGUAUCAUUACAAUUCUCCUUCAAAGUGUUAAUUCUCUGAAGCAAUUAUACGAGAUGAAUAUGGAUGUUCAUAAACGUUUUCGCACUGAAGUUCAUCAGGAUGUCACUUGUCGAUUUAAUGAAAGAUUUCUCCUCUCCCUAGCAUCGUGUGCUCGUUGUUUAGUUAUUGACGAUCAAUUCCACGUGCUUCCAAUCUCAAUGCAUAAUCUCAAAAUUCAACCAGCAGUGAAAAUGUCAACAAGUGACAAUACAUCCGAAUUGCAGACAUUAAAGGAGAAUCUCCGUGACACACAACCGGUCUCGACUUUAUUAGAGUGUUGUAAAACUUUGGAUCAAGGAAAGGCUUUGCUCAAGUUUAUUGAGGCAAUAUCAGAGAAAACUUUACGAUCAACAGUCUCAUUGACGGCAGCGAGAGGUCGAGGAAAAUCAGCAACAAUGGGACUUGCAAUUGCCGGUGCAAUUGCCUUCGGUUACUCAAAUAUUUACGUCUCAAGUCCAAGUCCCGAAAAUUUAAAUACACUUUUUGAAUUUGUUUUCAAGGGUCUCGAAGCACUGGAGUACAAGGAGCAUUUGGACUACACUCUCAUGCAGUCGACAAAUCCAGAAUUCAACAAAGCAACAAUUCGGGUAAAUGUUUUUCGUAAUCAUAGACAAACAAUACAAUUCAUUCAUCCUGCAGAUGCACACAAACUCCAACAAGCUGAAUUAUUAGUCAUCGAUGAAGCAGCAGCGAUUCCUCUACCAUUCGUCAAAGCAAUGUUUGGACCGUAUUUAAUUUUUCUCGCCUCAACGAUAAAUGGCUACGAGGGUACAGGAAGAUCAUUAUCUUUAAAACUCCUCCAACAAUUGCGAGUUCAAUCAAAAGAUUCCAAUUCCCAGGAGAAGAGUAAAGCGGACAAAGUAAUAAAUGAACGUACUUUGGAGGAAUUAACACUCGACGAAUCAAUUCGUUAUAAACCUGGUGACGAUGUCGAGGCGUGGCUCUCAAAAUUACUUUGCCUUGACGCUGGAAGUUUUCUACCACCAUUACUCGGAUGUCCACCACCCGACACAUGUCAAUUACUCUACAUAAAUCGUGACACACUAUUUUCAUUUCACAAAGCAUCGGAGAAAUUUCUACAAAAAUUAGUCUCACUCUACGUUGCAUCGCAUUAUAAAAAUACACCAAACGAUUUGCAAAUGAUGUCCGAUGCACCAGCUCAUCAUUUAUUUUGUCUAGUUGGACCACUAGUUGAAAAUAAAUUACCAGAAGUUUUAGUUUUCAUCCAAAUUUGUAUGGAGGGUAAAUUGAGCAAAAAUUCCAUUGAAAUUAAAUUGGGACGAGGACAAAAGGCAGCUGGCGAUUUAAUACCAUGGACAAUUUCACAGCAAUUCAAUGAUCAAAAUUUUCCAAUGUUAAGUGGAGCGAGAAUUGUACGGAUUGCCACACAUCCUGAAUAUCAGGGAAUGGGAUAUGGAGCCAAGGCUUUGGAUCUUCUCAAGGAAUAUUAUUCACAAGCUAAUGAAGAUAUUGAUAUGGAGGAUCCAGAGGAAGUGAAAACACCAGCGAAAUCGAAAUCGACAAAAAUUGAAGCGUCAAAAAGGAAAAGAGAAGAGGACAAUGAAGACGAAGAAGAGACGGAUUUAUUAACGGAAAUUAUUCAACCUCGACCAUCACUUCCGCCUCUAUUCUUGAAACUAUCAGAACGACCUGCCGAAGCCCUGGACUAUAUUGGAGUUUCGUUUGGCGUCACCGAGCAACUAUUGAAAUUUUGGAAGAAAGCAAAAUUUGUCCCCGUCUAUUUGAGGCAAACAGCGAAUGAUAUAACCGGAGAGAACACAUGCAUUAUGAUUCACAAAUUAAAUUACGAAAAUAAUCAAACAGAUGAGAGUUGGCUACAAUCAUAUUCAAUGAAAUUUCGACAACGAUUCACAAAUCUGUUGGCAAGCGCUUUUCGUGAUUACAAAUCAUCAUUUUCUCUCAGUCUUUUGGAAAAUAAUUCAAUUGAAGUAAAAGCAAAAACAUUGACCAAAGAUGCAUUGGAAAUUUAUUUGGAUCUACACGAUUUAGAACAAUUGGAUAUUUACAGUAAAAAUAUGAGUGAUUAUCAUUUAAUUAGAGAUCAAAUUCCAUCAUUGGCAAAAAUGUACUUUCUAAGACAACUUGGAAAUAUUAAUUUAGCUCCAGGACAGAAAAAUUCAAGUUUACAUAUUUCAGCAGUUCAAGCUGCUAUUUUACUUGGUCUUGGACUUCAACAUAAAAGUAUUGAGCAAUUAGAAAAGGAAUUAGAUUUACAAAGUUCUCAACUUCUUGGAUUGUUUAACAAAAUUAUUAAGAAAUUUACUUCUUAUUUGAAUUCAAUUACUGAAGAAUUUGUUAGAAAUUCUAUGGAUUAAUCAAAUUUCAAUUUUCCUUUAAAAGUUCUUUUAUGUUAAAAUUGAUUCUUUGCAAUACUUUUUGACUGUAAAUAUUAAAAAAAUAACAUUUACAAUAAAAUGUAUUUUACAUAUA